AUGGUGAAGCUCGUGCACGCCCUCGACUUCCCUCGAUCUGAAGUCUACUACGAUGUCAUCAAAAAGAUGAAUUUCAAGGUCACGUACACCCUCCGUGCGAAGAGGGUGGAGAGGUGGAUCUGCGCCGUCAAGAGGGAUAUCCUCGACGCCGCGAAAAUCAAGGUCGUGGGCUUCGACUGCGAGUUCACCGACCCUCGCGAGGGUAGAGCUAAUCAAUGCGCCGCCGUCCUUCAACUCUCCGUCGCACAAGAGACUUUGGUCUUCCAUAUUGUUCAUGCUGAUGAAGUGCCACAACUUCUCAUCGAUUUCCUUGCGGACAAGAACAUCAGAUUCUGUGGCGCGGCAAUCCACAAUGAUGUGAAUAUGUUGCAUACCUACGGAAUUAUUGGUAUUCCGUCUGCGAUCAACCUCCAUCAGAUCCUCCGGAACCCCGUCCCAAAUAAGCAGACUCUGGGUUUCUAUUAUUUGGAAAAUCAUUAUAUUGGGACGGGUCUCGAGCAGAAGAAGUUUAAUAAGUAG